AUUUUGGACCUCUAUGGUGCGCUCUCAUACCGCGAGCAUCUUGUUCUGGCUCAAGAGACAGUUUCGAGGACCUCCCGGGGACCUCUUGUGACCAUUUAGCCUUGUCCUCCCGCCUCUUCGCAGGCCCUAAGCCGCAGCAGAGAUGGAUUUCCAGAACAGGGUCGGCCACAAGAUGGGUACCGGCGGCCCGGCCACCGACCAGGAGGUGGCCAUGGACCGCAGGGAGCGGUUGCGGAAACUGGCGCUGGAGACCAUCGACCUCUCCAAGGACCCGUACUUCCUGCGGAACCACCUCGGGAGCUACGAGUGCAAGCUUUGCCUGACUCUUCACACAAACGAAGGCAGCUACCUGGCCCACACGCAGGGGAAGAAGCACCAGAUAAACCUGGCCAGGCGGGCCGCCAAGGAGAAGCAGGACGCGACCAUCGCGCCGCAGCCGCAGACGUCCUCCGGGCCGCGGAAGACGGUGAAGAUCGGUAGGCCCGGCUACCGGGUCACGAAGGAGCGCGAUCCGGAGACGCAGCAGAAGGCGCUCCUCUUCGAGGUCGAGUAUCCCGAGGUAAUGGACAAGGCGAAGCCCCGCCACCGCUUCAUGUCGUCGUACGAGCAGAAGGUAGAGCCGCCCGACUCCAAGUUUCAGUACUUGCUGCUCUCCUGCGAGCCUUACGAGACGAUAGCGUUCAAGGUGCCCAAUAUGGAGAUAGACAAGGACGACAACAAGUUCUUCGCCAGCUGGGACGGGGCCAGAAAGGUAUUCACGAUGCAGAUCUUCUUCAAGGACCGGGACCUGCAGGAACUGCCCGCGCUGCCGCAGCGCGCUGGCGCGACACAGCUGGCGUUCCACGGCGGUGGCGGCUUCACGCGGUGACGGCCCUCCCGCGCCCGCGGCGGCCGCACGAGCGCUCCUCACCCGCACCAUCCCUCUCCUCGUCCUGGUGCUCUCUGUGGGAUCGUGCUCCUGGAAGGCUCGUGUCCUCCCCGUGCCCUCCUCGCGGACCUCCCGCUGCCAGCGGCGCGGCGGCCAACACCGCCGGGUCGCCGAGGUCAGGGGCAAGCCGUGCGGCGUCGGUGUAUGAGCGGGAAA